UUUCGCGCCCUUUCGAUCAGAGCCGGCCAUCCACUCCUUAUUCCUCUGCAUUUCCAAUCUGGGUUUCCUUCGUUAUCUCUCCUCGGAUCAACAUUACGCUCGAGAAACUCGGUCCCUCUCUACACGCCGUCAUUCUCCAACCCGACCUGUGUCCCGCCAUUGUCCGGAUCGCUCUGUUUGUCUCGGACUCGUCCACGAAUGCUUCCCCAGUAGCCCGCAGCUCUUUCAGAAGAGCUCCCGAGGGUCCAAGUCACUUGAAGGCUGGGCGUGCGUUCUGAACCGACGACCCCGACACGCUGCAGCCUCGAACCCUGAAGGUCGAAGGGCGCUCGACAGUCUUUUCGGUUCGACCCCGACUAUCCACAUUUGAUUGUUUUGUCAAACAUCAUGACGGCCGCACACGAUUCGACCCACCGCGGGUCAUCACAUGGCCAACAUGGCUUGGCGCUGGGAGACAGGUUUGAAGUCUUGAAGGAGAUUGGCGAUGGAAGCUUCGGGAGUGUGGCGCUUGCUAGGGUCCGGACUGCUGGUGCCAGCGUCGCUCGCCGGGGAACGGUGAUCGCCAUCAAGACGAUGAAGAAGACGUUCGACUCGUUCACUCCCUGCCUCGAGCUGAGAGAAGUGGUCUUCCUACGAACACUGCCGGCUCACAGCCACCUGGUCCCCGCCUUGGACAUCUUCUUGGACCCAUUCAGCAAGAAGCUUCACAUCUGCAUGGAGUACAUGGAAGGGAAUCUCUACCAGCUGAUGAAGGCCAGGGACCACAAAUGUCUCGACAACGCGAGCGUGAAAAGUAUAUUGUUCCAGAUCAUGCAGGGACUAGAGCACAUCCACAAUCACAACUUCUUCCACCGAGAUAUCAAGCCAGAGAACAUCCUUGUGACGACAUCAUCCCACCAGGACUCAGCGAAUUCGUUCCGGCGGUAUUCUGCCCUGGUAACGCCUCCUUCGACGCCUCCUUCGUAUACCGUCAAGAUUGCCGACUUUGGCCUCGCACGAGAGACGCAUUCCAAACUUCCAUACACGACCUAUGUGUCUACACGCUGGUACCGCGCCCCGGAGGUGCUCUUGAGAGCUGGAGAAUACUCGGCACCAGUUGAUAUUUGGGCUGUCGGCGCCAUGGCCGUCGAGGUUGCCACUCUGAAGCCGCUCUUCCCUGGAGGAAACGAGGUCGACCAGGUGUGGAGGGUUUGUGAAAUCAUGGGCAGUCCCGGGAAUUGGUACAACAAGUCGGGAGUCCGUGUCGGCGGCGGAGAUUGGAGGGAGGGAACCAGGCUGGCUGGGAAGCUGGGAUUCUCGUUCCCCAAGAUGGCGCCUCACUCGAUGGAUACCAUCCUCCAAACACCCCAAUGGCCACCGUCUCUGAGUCACUUUGUGACCUGGUGCUUGAUGUGGGACCCUAAAAACAGGCCGACAUCCGCCCAGGCUCUAGCACACGACUACUUCACCGAUGCUGUGGAUCCCAUGCGGCCGAAGUCCUCCGCCUCGAGGAUACUCGGACGGAAGCAAUCCGACAUCAGCCGCGGAAAGGACUCUGUGACCUCGACGCCGACAUCGUCUAAGCCGUCUUGGUUCAGGAAGUCGUUGAUCGGCCGGUCGGAGAGCGCCGCCGAGGUUGUCCACCCCCAGCAGCAGCUUGUGAAGGAGACCCCGGCACCUCGUCCUGCACCGAUUAUUGCUGCACCCGAAGCGCCAGCUCCAAAGCCGCGGUCAACCGUGAGCAAACGAACAACAUGGACGAAUGGUCCGUCAAACGUCGCCCCGAUGCCCAUCCUGCCCACCAUCCGUCCCAUUUCCCCUCUCUCGGAUGCGGUCACGGCCCAGGCGAACUGCCGCACCCCGUCAUACAACGACGCAUACGCGAACGGGACGCAGAGGAAUCAGCAGGCAGAGGAGAAGACAUCAAAGAAGGUUGGGCGCCAAUUGUCGGUCACAUCGAGCACGAACCACUAUGCCGAGAUUCACCGCCAACAGGCUGAGCGGGCUCUAAACGGAGGCACAGGCCUUUCCUCGCCUCCCAGCGCGCACAGGGAGAGCUUCUUCUCUCACCUUCGCAAGAGAGCCAGGAGAUUCUCCGGUCGGCACCAGGCGCCAAUGUCGCCGACGUACGAUGACAUUGAAGCACAGGCCGGCUGUGGUCCUUGGGGAAGCAACCGGUCCUCCAUGGUGAUUGACAGCCAGGCUCCAGCCCCAGUGCCUAAGGACUCAUACGAGCCUUUGGACAAGGCAUUGAGGGAUGUCCAGCAGAACCUCGAUGCUCCCCCGCCCGCACCGCCAGCUCAUCAUUUCUCGACGACUUCUAGCCUAAAACGGCACCACUCUCUACCACAGCACCAACCCAGGUCUGUGGACAAUCUCAUCGUCGCUGCUCGAGGAACAGGACCCAUCUCGAGCAGGACUCGGAGAGCUCAAGCAACACAGGGUGUGCACCAGUAUGAUGCCCCCGAUGAGGAGGAUGAACUCCUGGACGAAGUUCUUACCUCAACUCGGUGCGCAAUCAAACGCCUCGAGAAGGACGGGAAGCCGCUGCGACAGUCGGCGAGCAAUGUCGGACUCUCAAACCCUUAUCCCACUCCGUCGCCUUCAGCGAGCGGGAACGCCGUCCUCUUUGGCGAUGGGCACGAAGCCGUCACUCCGAAGCCUCUUGACUUGAACAAGAAAUCGUCCGAACAUAAGUGGCCUACUCCACCGUAUGAUGAAGGUGAUUGGGCAGCAUCAGCUUCAGCAAGCAUUUGGGCGGCUGGCAACCGUUUCUAACGGUUGGCCCUCGCAAGCAUCCCACGCAAAAGAGGCUUCUCUUGACUCUAUUUUCAUUGCUACGGUGUUGGGCGUUAGGACAAGGAUAAUCUUGGCAAAAUCAUUCACGCUCGUUUCGACUCUUGAUCUGGGUUUGUCGCCAUGUUUGACGAACCUGAAUCUCGACUCCUUCUAUACCUACCACCUUCUCUCCCCCAACAAA